AUGUUGCACUGCCUGCCUGCACCAGUCAGAGUUCAGCUUGUGGGCUCUCCAGAGCAGGGAAGAAAAAAAGAUGCAAUAUCUGCAAAUUCACAUAAUGUAGACAGAUUGAGGACUGAUUUUGGGGGCAUUCACUCCAUGCUUAGGAGUGUAACAUCUGUGUUCACCGUAGUACAGACAUGGCACUUGCACUCUAGCUGGUGCAGUGGUUGGAGGAGUGGCACAGUCUCUGCUUGGCGCCAAUACAGGUCAGUCGGCACACCAUUAUCCAAGGUUACCGCACACUGGAUCAUCCCAAGAGUAAUUUCAGCACAACAACCGACCCCUUCUCCUGAGGAAAUCGAGGCUGAAAAAGUAAGCUCAAUGCAUUACAGUGUGGGUGCUUUGUUCGGAAAAAACGUGGCUUUUCUUAGGCUCUACAACUACGGGGAAAUGGAAACGGACAUUGCAGUUCCACUAGCUCAACACACAGCAGAGUUAAAGGCAGAACGGCUCCAGUUAAUGCACCAGCUCUCGUUCAUGACAUCCCAAAUAAGGCAGCUGUUCGACAGUCUGCAUCCUAACCUCGUUAAUGCACCUUUGGUGAUUGUUGCAAAAACGGCGGACGAUGACCAACGAAAUCAAGUGAACAAACUCGACGCAAAAGGCAAGCAAGAUGCCAUGGAUGGUAUCUUGAGCCCAUGUGCUGCAUUCCACGAAGAAAGGGAGGCAGAAAAAACCGAAAUUGAGUGCUCCGAUACGGUAAAUCCCGUGCAAAUUCUAGCGCAAAUCACGAGCAAUAAACUCAGAAUUGUUGCCACAUGCCCAUGCGCAGACGAGGCUAUGGCUGCUGAGCAAGCUGCUAAAGUCAAGGAACUGCAAUCUUCAAUUAAAUACGAACGUAAGCAAAAAUGGCAUACUAGGUUGCUGAGUAUGUUUCGACAUAAGUUAAAAUUCAGGCAAGCAAGCUGGAGUCCUCUCGCCUACGCAAAAGCUGCUCCUGGGUAUCCUCGGGGCCCCUUCUUGGCCCUUCGUAAGGCCCUCGCUGAUAUGCCUGCAUAUCCUCUUGUACUCAAAGCGGCUGAGAAACCAAGAGUCACACGUUUCUGUAAAAGUACCCAAACAAAAACGAAAGGAGGGAAACGAGAGAAGUAUACAGAAAAACACAAAGCCUCUCACUCUCCGGGUGAAACGAGAGCGGACAGCUUGAAAGCUUCGAGCAGAGGGGAGGACGGCAGUACUAGCGCUGCCCCCUGUAGCCAUGCGGGAUGUGCCUAA